CUGUUGGCAAUCUCUCUCAAGAUCAAAGAAAUAAAGUGAAAGUUAAAUUUCUUAAGUUGACAAAAUCAAAUUAGUGUUUAAACCACAAGGAAGAAAUGCAAGAAAGUAAAUAUAUAAGAAGAACCAAAUUUUGUACAAAUUAAGUCGCAGCCCCUUACCUUUUUCUGCAUGAUAAAGAGAGUGCACUUUUUGUCUACCUGAGACAUGAGUAAUUGAGUACACCUGUGCAAAAGUCAGAAGUGCAAGAUGGAAGUACAACAACAAAAUACCUGGAUGCUAAUAAUACAGGGAGAAAGAAAAACCACAUUACAUGGAAAAUCCUCCUAGAUAACCAUGCCAAGUUUUGCUAAAAACUCUGCAUGAUAUCCAAACAUAACUCUGCUGUUGCCCUUCUGCUUGUUCUGGUAUUUAGCAAUAUUAAGUUCCUCAGAGUAUACUGCGCAGAGGGAGUAAGAAGAUUAUUUUGCUUGGAUUUCAAAGCUUGAUGUAGAUAAACAUGAUUCUUGAAAUCACGCCUAGUUAAAUUGGCAUCAUGGGUGCUGAGAACAGCAAAGAAACGGUUGGAAAAAGUGAAAAAGUUAAACCAGAGAAGUCUGUGAAAGUUAAACCGGAGAAGUUUGAAGCUGAGAAACCCGUUCACUUUGAGACUCCAUCGGUGGCCAAGUUGCCUGUUGAGACGCCGCCUCAGACUCCAGGGAAGCAAGUGACCCCCACACGCUAUGAGGAUAUUCGUGUUUUGGAUGAAAACGAGUGUUGGCUUGAGCGUACUGCAGUAGUGACAAAAGCAGACCACGAAGAAUACAUCAAGCUAGCUAAGGAAUUUGUUGAUGAACUGAUUGCAAAUUUGCCUAUCCUACAAGUGAGGGAGGAGCAUAUUACUGAGAACCAACCACCACCUCAGCCCAAAGAGGAAGUCUCCGAGGAGGCAAAGGAGGAGCAGGAGGACGCUAAAGAUACAAGUGCCCAGGAGUUCUUUGAUGCAGAGGAGGGCCUUGUAGACACUCCCAACAACGUAUCAUCCUCAGGAUCACGAGAGCCAGUUGCUGAACAAGGUACUGCUACAGGGGAGGCUGUAUUGUCUGAAGGGGAUGUCCAGAAACCUCAACCUACAUCUCUAGUACAGGAGCCAGAAGAGUUUCAAGAUACUGUGGAACCUAAGGAAGAAAAGGAAGAGAAGAUGAAUGACACAGGAGAAACGUCCCCCAUACCUAUUCCUAAAGGAUCGUAUAAUUACAAUUUCGAUGAUUUUGAUGAAAACACUGAUCCUUUUGCUUGUAAGAAAGGGCUUGCCAUGUCCCCACCAAAGACUGGGGGAGAUGCCAUUUUCAAUUCAGGGAACGAAGGGGUGGAUGAUAAUAUAGAUCCUUUUAAGACCAAGUCGAAAAUGAAAAUGUCCCCACCCAAAGGUGGAGAUUUUGACGAAAAUAUCAACCCUUUCCAGACCAAAUCAAAGGUUGCAAUGUCACCGCCCAAACAUGAUGACUUUGAUGAAAAUAUGGACCCUUUCAAAACAAAGUCCAAUAUGGCACAAUCCCCACCUAAAACAGGAGACUUUGGUGAAGAUAUUGACCCUUUCCAAACCAAAUCAAAGGUAGCAAUGUCACCACCCAAACAUGAUGACUUUGAUGAAAACAUUGACCCAUUCAAAACGAAGUCCAAAAUGGCAAACUCCCCUCCAAAAGAGGAACAUUUUGAUGAAAAUAUCGACCCUUUUCAAACCAAGUCCAAAGUGGGGCAGUCACCACCCAAGAGUGAAAACUUCGAUGACAAUAUUGAUCCUUUUAAAACUAAGACUAAAGUAGCUCAGUCACCUCCAAACAAUAUGGGGUUUGAUGAGAAUGUCAACCCUUUUGAGACGAAGACUCAGUUGGCAAACUCGCCACCAAAGUCCUUGCAGGUGGACAACAGCGUAAAUAUGAAUGGAAGUUAUACUACUGAUUUGAAGGACAACAAUGGUCAGGACAAAGUUGAACCAGAGAUGAACAAGGAGCAGAAGAAAACACAAAAAAAGAAAAGCAGUCCUACAAAACAAGCGCCAAAGAAAUUCAAGCGACCAGUUGGGCAGAUUAAAAAGGAUCCCUUUGAUAGUGAUAUUGAGAUAUUUGCACCUAAGGCACCGUCAGCAGCACCACAGGAGGAGUCCAAUAAUAACAAUGUGACCAAACCUGAAUCUCAUUGUGACUCUGGCGACACAACUUCAGCCAGUGACUCUGUUGCACAAAAGGAUUUAACGGACAGUGUUUCUAGGGAAUUGGAGCAGAUAGUCGAUCAGAAAGGAGAUAAUAUAUUUGAGGCUCAGCAAGCCGGCCAGGAAACGGAGCUGACGGAAGAGGAGACGUUCAAGCCUGCAGAUGAAGUGUUCAAUGACCCGCUGGCAUUGGACAUGCUAGAAAAGUUUGGUGGGAGAGGCGAUUUGAAAGAAAGUGCAUUGGGCAGGCAGUCGCUGUAUGUGAAGUUCGAUCCAUUAGUGAAGGGAGCAGAGAGUCCAGCUAUCUUGAAGAACAAGCAGCUGCAGUCUGUAGCAGAGUCUGGCAAUGAUGACCUGCUGUGUAUGAACACUCCUCCCCUUGCUAAAGUUCAGCAAAGACUUGGAAACAAACACCCCGCUGCUCGAGUUUUGGAACACAGCUUGGAAGAGGAGGAGGACAGGGAGCACCACCAGGCUGUGGAUAAACUGCUGGCAUUCAGCCCUCCAGCUCCAGAGAAGCCUACUGUGUCAGAACCCCAAAGCACACUGAGUAGCCAUGAGCUGACGCAGACAUGGGUCAAUCACAUGCCUCGCCUGACCUCAGAGAUGGACGACUCAGCUGUGCUUUCCCAAGAUUCCUUGGAUUGUAUGAGUAUGAGUUGGUCGCAGGAAAAUGGCCGACCCGAUAGCCCUUUACAGUUUGACCAUGAGGAGGUGGUGCGCAUCAGCUGUGACCCUGAUCAGCUGAGUGACAGUGGUUUGCAAGACAGCUCACAUUCAGAGACAGCCGACACCAUGGGCUCGUCAGAGGGAAUGGGCACCGAUGCCAUAGUACAGGUGCUCAAGUAUUCCCAGGCCGAGUGGAACACAAAGAAACAAGAGAUGGAGUUGGACUUCCAGGCACGCCUGCUGGCCAAGGAGAGAACCUGGGACAAAAAGCUGCAGGAACAGAAAAAAGAGACAGAAAAGAAACAGAAAGAAAAUCAAAAACUGCAGGAACAGAUAGAACAGCUGCAAGCCAGCAACAAAGAAAUGGGAUCUAUUGUUGCAGAAUUUGAGAAGACAAUAUCUCAAAUGAUCUCUGAGAAGAAUGUGUCCAAAGAGUCUGUUGAUGAUGUGUUAAAAGAGAGAGACCAGGCAGUAGAAGACCUGCAGUCAGUGGAGGCCGCCUUCUCUGACCUGCACAGGAGAUAUGAGAAGACAAAAGAAGCAGUCACAGCAUUUAAAAAGAAUGAACAAGUUUUGAAGAAGUGUGUCACAGACUACCAAGAACGCUUGAAAGCAGAAGAACAGAAAUAUCAGACAGUCAAGGCACAGGCAGAGGAAAAAUUGGAAACAGCCAAUAACAUGGUGGAAGACAUUCGUAAGACCACCUCGGCAGAGAUUGCCACUCUGCAGUUAGCUCUGAAGAAAGCAGAACUAAGGGCACAGAGCAUAGAAGAGAGUUAUGAGCAGAAGGUGAGAGAAAAUAAAGAGCUAGCAGCCAUCUGUGAUGAACUUAUAGCGAAAGUAGGCGGCUCAAACUAAAACUGAAGUCUUGCCAAUGUGACCAGGUGAUAGAUAAGCUGGUAAAAAAACUGGCAGAAAGCUCAGAAAAAAAAGAGAGAGGGAUGGAAAGGACUGCAUUGCAGAUUGAUAAAACUGGAAUAAAUUUGACCAAUUGGGAAAAAUUGAAUUAAACCAGCCAGGGAUAUUUUCUGUGAGGCGAAAGAAAUUGGUGAAUGUCUUCACCAGAUAGGAUUUCCAAUAUUCAAUGGCAGGAUAUGAAGGAAUUUAUCUGAGUAAAAAAAAAAA